AUGGUGGCACCCUUGACUGUUCGAGCAUCUUGUGAGCGUGGUGUGUUGUGUCGUCGUUCUACGGCCACUACUGUAUUUGUGUUGAAGAAUUGCAAGUCUAACCCUUGGGGUGUUCAUUUGGCCCGCUUCAAAAAUGAUGAGGCAGUAUCAUUUAUACCUCGUGAUGGUUCUUUUGAUCUCAUGACAUAUAGACUCAGGUUCUCCUUUUGGUUAUGUGUGGAUCUGGAAAUUGACAAGGAUGCACUAAAGCUUAUUACAUCAAGAUCAGAUGGAUCUUUAUGGGAUGUUGAGAUGACCGUUGAACAACUGAAUUUGAUUGGGCAGUGA